AUGUACAAGAGUUCAAAAGCCUCCAUAAUUAUUGACUGGGAAGACAAGACUUUGCUUCCAGAAUUAGAAGAAUGGCCAUUGUCAUCUCCUGAGGAAGACUUUACACCCCACAUUUGUCAUUUGUGUUGCUGCCCUGAGCCGAUGAAAAUCUCUGCCAGAGGAAGACUCCAGUUCCUUCAACCUGGGCCCCUGAAGCGUGGCUUGACUAUGGCUGCGCCGCCCGACGAGGAGAGUUUGGAGUCCCGAAUCAACAGGGCGACAAACCCACUCAACCGAGACACCGACUGGAGCAGCAUCCAUGCCUUCUGUGAGAAACUCAACAAUGAUCUGGAGGGUCCACAGCUCGCUACCAGGCUGCUGGCCCAUAAGGUCCAGUCGCCGCAGGAAUGGGAGGCAAUGCAGGCUCUGCUGGUUCUAGAGACCUGUAUGAAAAACUGUGGUAAAAGGUUUCACAGUGAAGUCGGCAAGUUUCGUUUUCUAAAUGAGCUCAUCAAAGUAGUUUCUCCAAAGUAUCUAGGCUCGCGGUCACCAGAGCCAGUCAAAAAGAAGGUCUUGGAGUUAAUUUAUAGUUGGACAUUAGCGUUACCAGAUGAAGCAAAAAUAACAGAUGCCUAUCAAAUGUUGAAAAAACAAGGCAUUAUUAAACAAGAUCCUGAGCUCCCACCAGAUAAACUGUUGAGUCUACCUCCUCCCAGACCUAAAAACACAAUUUUUGAAGAUAAAGAAAAAUCCAAAAUGCUCACUCGUCUGCUGAAUAGCUCUCACCCUGAAGACUUAAAAGCUGCUAAUAAGAUGAUUAAAGAAAUGGUCCAAGAGGAUCAGCGACGGACUGAGAAAGUAUCUAAGCGGGUCAACGCCAUUCAGGAAGUGAACGAGAGUGUUGCUCUACUCACACAACUCGUACAAGAAUAUGACUGUAAGACCAGCACUCCAAGUAAUGCUGAACUUCUGCAGGAUUUGUACCAACGCUGUGAAAAAAUGAGACCGACACUGUUUCGACUCGCCAGCGAUACAGAAGAUAGUGACGAAGCAUUAGCUGAGAUCCUACAGGCAAAUGAUAAUCUGACUCAGGUUAUUAACCUUUACAAGCAGCAGGUGAAGGGUGAGGUUGUCAAUGGAAACGCCUCCAGCACACAGCAGCCGAGUGGCGGAACUGCUUUGUUAGAUUUAUGUGGACUGGACGCCUCGCCUCAGUCUCCCCCAGAAUUCCCCACUCCAACAGAAAACCUGAAGUCUCAGGAGUUGAAGAUCAGUCUCCUUGACGAUGAGCUCAUGUCUCUGGGUUUAAGUGAAGGAACACAGGCCUCACAUCCACAGCCGGAGGACUCCACUGCAUGGGACUCUUUCCAGUCAUCAGAGAGCAUUGAGGCAGACGUCCCAGCAGCCCCCAGUCUCCUGCUGAGUCCAGAACCUCUGGGCCCCUCCUUCAGCCGCUCCAGCACCUCCGCUCCAGGGAACUCUGCCUUAGAUGAGCUGGACCUGCUGGGAAAGACAUUACUACAGCAGUCUUUACCUCCAGAGGGGCCACAUGUGAAAUGGGACAAGCAGCAGUCCAAACCCUCCCUGAGAGAUCUGCAGAAGUCCAGCCUCAGCCCUGGUCUCAGCCAGUCUUUCCCCUCUGAACCGGCUCUCCUCAACCUGCACCCCAGUCCAGCAGCGACGCUCAUGGACAUGUCCCCAAGACACACAGAAGCUCCGCCCACUCACAUAGAAGCCCCGCCUCCUCUCGUCACACUCUCCGAUGUGUUUGUCCCCCUAGAAUCCAUCAAACCAAGUAGUCUGUUACCUGUGACUGUAUUUGACGGACACAGUUUGCGGGUUCUCUUCCACUUUGCUCAGAAUCAUCCUCCAUCUCGCCCCGAUGUACUGGUCGUGAUCAUUUCCAUGCUGUCGUCCGCACCUUCUCCAGUUUCAAAGAUAAACUUUGAUGUUCAAGCUCCAAAGUCUUUGGAGGUGAAGCUGCAACCACCGUCAGGCACAGAGCUUCCAGCAUUUAACCCCAUCCUUCCUCCUGCUGCUGUCACACAAAUCUUACUGCUGGCCAACCCAAACAAGGAGAAGGUGCUGCUGCAGUACACACUAGCCUUCACUAUGGGAGAGAAGGAGCACAGGGAGAGCGGCACUUUAGAACAAUUUCCACCUGCAAACACCUGGGACAACCUAUAG